CUUCCUUCCUCUUAGAGCAAGAUGGCGGGAGGCGAGGUUGGCGUGACUCUCGGCCAGCCGCAUCUGUCUCGUCAGGAUCUCACCACUUUGGACGUUACUAAGUUGACGCCACUUUCACACGAAGUUAUCAGCAGACAAGCCACAAUUAACAUAGGUACAAUUGGUCACGUAGCUCAUGGGAAAUCCACAGUUGUAAAAGCUAUUUCCGGAGUUCACACCGUCAGGUUCAAAAAUGAAUUAGAAAGAAAUAUUACAAUCAAGCUUGGAUAUGCUAAUGCUAAGAUUUAUAAACUUGAUGACCCAAGUUGUCCUCGGCCAGAAUGUUAUAGAUCCUGUGGAAGUAGUAUGCCUGAUGAGUUUCCUACAGACAUUCCAGGGACCAAAGGGAACUUCAAAUUAGUCAGACAUGUUUCCUUUGUUGACUGUCCUGGACAUGAUAUUCUGAUGGCUACUAUGCUGAAUGGGGCAGCAGUGAUGGAUGCAGCUCUUCUGUUGAUAGCUGGCAACGAAUCUUGUCCUCAGCCUCAGACUUCUGAACACCUGGCUGCUAUAGAAAUCAUGAAACUGAAACAUAUUUUAAUUCUACAAAAUAAAAUUGAUUUGGUAAAAGAAAGUCAGGCUAAAGAACAGUAUGAACAGAUCCUUGCAUUUGUACAAGACUUGUUUAUCUUGUUAGAAAGGUUUACUUCCUAUGAACCCAGUUCUGUCAUCACAAAAAAAAGUACAGUAGCAGAAGGAGCUCCCAUUAUUCCAAUUUCUGCUCAGCUGAAAUACAAUAUCGAAGUAGUCUGUGAGUACAUAGUAAAGAAAAUUCCAGUACCCCCAAGAGACUUUACUUCAGAACCCCGACUUAUUGUUAUUAGAUCCUUUGAUGUCAACAAACCUGGCUGUGAAGUUGAUGACCUUAAGGGAGGUGUAGCUGGAGGUAGUAUUCUAAAAGGAGUAUUAAAGGUGGGCCAGGAGAUAGAAGUCAGACCUGGUAUUGUUUCCAAAGAUAGUGAAGGAAAACUUAUGUGUAAACCGAUCUUCUCCAAAAUUGUAUCACUUUUUGCAGAACAUAAUGAUCUUCAGUAUGCUGCUCCAGGGGGUCUUAUUGGAGUUGGAACGAAAAUUGACCCCACUUUGUGCCGGGCUGACAGAAUGGUGGGGCAAGUACUUGGUGCAGUUGGAGCUUUACCUGAGAUCUUCACAGAAUUGGAAAUCUCCUACUUCUUACUUAGACGGCUUUUAGGUGUACGCACUGAAGGAGACAAGAAAGCAGCAAAGGUGCAAAAGCUGUCUAAGAAUGAAGUGCUCAUGGUGAACAUAGGCUCCUUGUCAACAGGAGGGAGAGUUAGUGCCGUCAAGGCUGAUUUGGGCAAAAUCGUUUUAACUAAUCCCGUGUGCACAGAAGUAGGAGAAAAAAUUGCCCUUAGCCGAAGAGUUGAGAAACACUGGCGUUUAAUUGGUUGGGGUCAGAUAAGAAGAGGAGUGACAAUCAAGCCAACAGUAGAUGAUGACUGAAGAAUCUCUGUUAAAUAAUACAUUGGAUGGGGUUGGAAUUUCUCCUAACAACCUAGGGGUAUAUUUUCAAAGCAAUACUAGGGAAUUAAUUUCACAGCUCAUUAUCUUAUUAGUAACAUUCUCAUGUUUUGGUGAUGAAAAUUUAACCUCUAGUACUAAAAUAGUGUCUUUAAUAAAAACUGGAAUCAUGUUGGAUUGAAUUUGUAUUUUAGCAGAAGUUAAGCAUUCCCAAAUAAUGUCUAAUUUGUAUAUCAAGGCAAAGAUGAAAUGAAACUGCUACAGCUAGCCUUUGCUGUAGUACACAUACCACUGAACCUGUUUGAAAUAAAGUUCUUUUUCGUGAUUCAUCUUUUAAGUAGCUCCAAGCUGAAGGACUGUUGCACCAGUAAAAACUUGACAAUGCAAAAUCUUGGAGAACAGCUCCCCUUUGUUUGGCCUCAUUUUAUGUUGCUUGAUCUUUGAAAUUUUGAGUGAAAGAAAAUUAAUAGGUUCAAAUGAAAUUGGCCUUUAGAGCAUGAGUGCUUGUUCCCAUGAACAAACCUUUCCCUCCCCUUUCUCUUUUCCUGGACUGGAACACAGGAAACCAGAGCCAGAAGUUCUCACCCUCUAUCUGUGAUGCCCUGAGAUUAUUUCUGUUUUGCUUUAUGCCUGAAAGCUGACAGCCUUCCCCCAUUGGAAAAUAUUGUUGUACCAAAUGAUUCUAGAUAAGUAACAAAGAUCUUUCCAGGCCUUAUUUUAUGUUUUUUUCUUAACUGUUUAAUUGAUAUGGUUAUGAUAUAGAUGAUGAUAUUAGUAAUCUUUGGACCUUUCGAGAGGUCAAGAGGUAAAAGAUGUUAGAAAGCAAAAUAAAGGGUGCUUUUUGGCCCAAUGGCUAGACCCGUAGAGUUGGAUCACUUUUUUCUUUCUGGUGAAAUAAAUGGUAUUUCAACUUAGAAAAAAAAAGAAAAAGAAAAGAAAAAAGAAAGCAAAGAGUGAGUUCUUUUUGAUUUUUAAAAAACUUAUUCUCCAUGUCUCUGCACUUUUCCUGUGCUGCUUUUUCAUUCUUAUUUAUGUUUUUGCUUCAUAAGAGAUUCUAUUAGAGCAGUGUUUCCCAACUCUGGCUGACAUUAGAAUUGCUGGUGCAGCUUAUGCUCUACAGAGAUUCUGAUUUCUUUUCUUUUCUUUUUUUUUUUUUUUAAAGAUGACCGGUAAGGGGAUCUUAACCCUUGACUUGGUGUUGUCAGUACCAUGCUCUCCCAAGUGAGCUAACCGGUCAACCCUAUAUAGGGAUCCGAACCUGUGGCCUUGGUGUUAUCAGCACCACACUCUUCCACAUGAGCCAUGGGCUGGCCCCCAAAGAUUCUGAUUUAAUUGGCUUGGGGCAGAGCCCGGGUGUCAGUAUUUUUAAAAGUUCCCCAGUCUUGAGAAACAGGUUUAGACAGUUGAGAAUUAAGUAUAUUAAGUAACAGAAACUUACUGAGUUUUGGUAGUCUGAUAAUACUCUAGCUUGCUUUUCUUAAAUUUGCAUUGAGAUGGGAUUUGAUGUCAUAGUCAUCAUAUUGUGCUCUUUUGGGCGUUGAAGUUGCCUUGUAGAAGUUUAGAAGCUGGGGCUAUGGGUUAUUUAAGUUUAUAAGUGUUGAGGAAGCAUAUUAAUGUUGUAUGUGUGGUUGAUUUUGAAGGGCUGUCUUGCAGCAUAAGGAACACAUUUAAAUAAAAUAAGGUUCUAAAUCAAA